AUGGAAGGCUUUGAUUCACACGUUAAGGACAUGUCCCUUGCUGAAUACGGAAGAAAAGAAAUUCAAAUCGCUGAAAUCGAAAUGCCAGGCUUGAUGUCUUGCAGAGCUGAAUUCGGUGGAGAGAGAUAGGUUCUCAAGGGAGCUAAGAUCUCAGGAUCAUUACACAUGACCAUCCAAACAGCCGUCCUCAUCGAAACCCUCCAAGCUUGUGGAGCCGAGGUUAGAUGGGCCAGUUGCAACAUCUUCUCAACCCAAGAUCACGCCGCUGCUGCCGUCGUUGCUGCUAGAACUGCCAACGUCUUCGCUUGGAAAGGUGAGAACUUAGAGGAAUACUGGAUCUGUACCAACAGAAUGCUCACAUGGCCUGAGGGAGACGGCCCAGAUCUCUUGGUUGAUGAUGGUGGUGAUGCCACUCUCCUCAUCCAUGAGGGAGUCAAGUUCGAGAGAAUCUUCGCCAAGACUGGUGAUGUUCCUCACCCAGACAGCUUUGAGAACAAAGAAUACAAGGAAAUCAUUAAGAUCAUCAGACAAGAGUUGCUCGAGGGCGACAAGUAGAAAUGGACCAAGAUGGCUAACAAGCUUAUUGGAGUCUCAGAAGAGACCACCACUGGAGUUCACAGACUCUAUCAAAUGAGCAAGAAAAACGAACUCCUCAUUAAAGCCAUUAACGUUAACGACUCAGUCACUAAGUCAAAGUUCGAUAAUGUAUAUGGAUGCAGACACUCUCUCCCAGAUGGUAUUAUGAGAGCUACUGAUGUCAUGAUUGCUGGUAAAAAGGUUGUCAUCUGCGGAUAUGGUGAUGUUGGCAAAGGUUGCGCUGCUGCCAUGAAGAACUGUGGAGCAAGAGUAGUUAUUACCGAGGUCGACCCAAUCUGUGCCCUCUAAGCCUGCAUGGAAGGUCUUGAGGUCAAGAGAAUUGAAUCAGUCGUUAGAGAUGCUGAUAUUUUCAUCACUGCCACUGGAAACAAAAACAUCAUUAUGGUCUCCCAUAUGGCUCAAAUGAAGAACAACGCCAUCGUUGGAAACAUCGGUCACUUCGAUAACGAAAUCGACAUGGAAGGUCUCGAGAACUACCCAGGAAUUAGAAGAAUCAACAUUAAGCCCCAAUGCGAUAGAUACGAAUUCCCAGACGGCCAUGGAGUAAUCGUCCUUGCUGAAGGAAGACUCUUGAACUUAGGUUGCGCCACUGGCCAUCCAUCUUUCGUUAUGUCAACUUCAUUCACCAACCAAGUCCUAGCUCAAAUCGACUUAUGGGAGAGCAGAGAUAGCGACAAGUAUGAAAAGGGAAAGGUCUACGUACUCCCCAAAGAACUUGACGAGAAGGUCGCCAAGCUCCACUUAGGUGCUCUCGGUGCUGAACUCACUGAAUUAUCCACUGAUCAAGCUGAAUACAUUGCUGUCAACGCUUCAGGACCAUUCAAGCCAUCUACUUACAGAUACUGA